GCCUCCUCUGACAACGUGUCAGAUUGGUGACCGGCCCUCGACUGUUCAAUUCGCGCAGGGACAAGUCAGGACCAUCCAAGAAUCCUCUUUCCCACACUGGCCAGCCUCCGCGCUCACUCUGGCCAUCUCAGCCAUUCUGGUAUCCAUUCCUCUGCCUCCGGAUUCCGACCCGAGCUCGGAAUCUAGUAUUUUGUUGAGACGGCUGGCGGCACAACAUUUCGCAGAGGCGGCGUUUCGUGCAGUGGACGAUGAGAUCGAUGUGAUUUCUCAAACACCGACCCACCCAGCUACCUUAGCAAGGCCCGGGACCGGUAGGAACGACCUCUCGCCAGUGUCUUCCGUCCUAGCCUUGAUAUUACUAAGUGUCCAUGAAUACUGCCAGCGAGGGAACGUGUCACGUAUGCGGCGUCGCGCUAACCAGGCGAUCACGGCCGCCAUGGAUCUCCGCUUGCAUAGCCUGGGUGCUGCGGCAACCGAGGCACAGCGCCGAGUGUGGUGGGGUGCGAUGUUCGUUCUGUAUCUGUCGUCCAUCGAUCAAGACGUAUUGCCUAUCAUCACACUUGAUGACCAGAGGAUCACGACCCCGUAUCCUGCCAUCCACAACCACUCAGAGUUGUGGCCCCUUCUACUCCAGGCCGAAGCGGCCAUCCUAUCUGUCUCGCAGACCUUGCAUAACCGGCACAGCCCUCAAACCCUAGCAGCCGCGUCUCCUUCCCAGAUCAAGCCUGAAAUCACGCAACUGGACUCGACCAUCCUCGAAUUAACGCGCAAACUCGACCGGUCCCCGCGACCUGAAUCCAGGACCGAUGUCGAAGCACAAGCCCUCUUAACGGCGUGGGCGAUCGCUCAGUCCUUGACCUAUUCAGCCCGCGUGCGACUCCAUCGGUCCCGCGCCUUCAGCAACAUACCCCCCUUAUUCGUCUCCAGUCACUGCGAUCUCCCCGAUCAACCAGACCCCAGCUGUCCGAUGCAGAUGACACUCGAAGACCGGUUCCUCGCCUCUGCCGCCUUCCCAUUCACAGAAGCGCAGUCCUCCCUGAUCUGUCUGAAAGCUUCCCUGGCCAUGUCACGCGCCUACGAGAGGAUCGCAGCGAUUGCCUCUGGAGGUGGUGUGCGCCGCGGAGCACCACACCCCCACCCGAUUGGAGCAUCGCACGCUUCCUCCGCGGAGAGAUUUGUUCUUCCGGCUCUAGCCCAUGUUCCACCCCAAGCGCACAUGAUACCGUUCUUCCUCUGCGGCGCGAUGCAGGCCUCGUAUGUCCUGCUUAUGACUUACCAUCAGCUUCGGGCGGCGCUCUGGUCGACGGUGGAGGAUUCGCAGGUCUCUUUGUCCAAGUACGCGCACCUACUUCCGCACCCGGUGGAGCCGGGAUCCGAGAUCCCGGAUGUGGAGCGGCUGCUGCGGGAGAUACGGCAGGGCGUGGACUCGAUCCUUGGGGUCAUGCGGUUGACGGUCAUGUUUGAGGGGGUUGGGGGAAUGGCGGCGGAGGUUCAGAGCGCGUAUCAUUCAGUGUGUGGGGGUGAAAUGUGAUUAGCUGUUUUGUUCUUGUCUUCUCCCAUUGUAUAGUAGAUAGAUAAUGAGUUUCAGGGUAAGACGUAUCCUGGUUUAGGC